AUGAGUUCCGUUUGCUACAACUCACUGAUCUACUGCUGGCUAAACGCGAGCUUCCGCCAGAGUGCCAAGCAGACGCUGGAGGACAUCUUUCGCUGUCUGAAGUACCACCAAUCAAAGAAUGGGGGCGGCGGCGGCGGCGGCGGCCUGGACGCCAACGGCAACCAACUGGUGGGGGGCAGCGGAAGGGGCGGUGAUAACGGGGACGGAAAUGGAAAUGGAAACGGCGGAACGACCGGCGUGGCGGGUGCUACCACUACUCGAAUCGGAGGCGGCGGGGGCUACACCAACGCCACCAUGGCGCCGCCCUCUCAGCUACAUCUGGGCAUUCCUGGACAGGGAGGAGGAAUGUACGCCGCAGAGACGACCACCAUCAUCGGACAGAUGAUGGAGGAGGCGAGCACGGCGGCGAUGAUGACCAACGCAGUGGCGCCCAACACCGACCAGACGCCGGCGCUCAUUGUGCCUAGUGGAACUGCUAAGCAGCCAUCAAGUGCCACCGCAACGACAGUGAUCGUCGUAAGCAACAGCAGCACAACACCCACCACCACCACCAACUGCCUACACUCGGGCGUCAAUCCAAACUACAAAAGUGAGGAGGUGCUGGUCCGGAAGCUGUCAUCUUCAACAAGUCAACCACAACCGAGGACUGGCCAAAACACCACCACCACCGCCAACAUUGACAUUGUCGUGCAGCAGCAGGAGGGCGACCAGAGCUUCGUGACAACGGUCCUCGACAACAGCAGAAGUAAUAGCAGCAACAACAAUCUGGACAGCGAACAGCUGAUGAUGGGAUCAGCUGUGGAGAGCCAGCUGAAUGGAAGCUCUAGAACAACAACAACGGCAAACAGCAAUUCAGUUCACCCCAGUUCGAAGAAGAAGAAGAAGUACCUGGCAAUAAAGCGCGUUUCGACGGAGGAUGAGAGCGACGACGAGGACGUCGAUGAGGAGUUGUUUGAGUUUAGUGAACGGUUCUGA